GUUGCGGCAUCAUAAUUACUGAACAACCUUGGGUUUAUGAAGAAACCGGCGCUCUCAAAACCGAGAUACUUUUUGAAUGCUUUUAAAACUAAGUUUUAAGGUUUGGGGCGAUGGGGGCUCCAGAGGAGGCGUCGCUCGAAGCGCAGCAGACAGAAGGCGCGCCGCAGCCGGACCACACAACUGCCUGUUGUCAUGGAGCAGCAAAGAUGGCGAUCCUGGCCUAUAGCCUGGGCAAACGCGAAAUAAACCAACAUUUCACCAUAAAAAAUGCCAAACUGAUAUCGUUUGUGCUCGUUAUUUUGCUGCUGGUGUUUCACGGAGCUUUGCGGCAUUAUGACGGCGGAGACUCAUGUGAAUGGCUGCUGUCCACAGGACGGUACUUGGGAGAGAAUGUAUGGCAGCCUUAUGGCUGUAUGAUGCACAAAUACAAAAGCACUGAAGCCAAAACAUGCCUUGCAGAGAAACGGGUGGCCUUUGUCGGUGACUCACGGAUAAGACAGCUGUUUUACUCCUUUGUCAAAGUGAUUGAACCGGAUAGAAGAGAAGAUGGAAACAAGCACGAAGACAUUUCCUUUGAGGAGGCGAAGUCAUCGGUUAAAGUGGACUUUCUGUGGUAUCCAGAGGCAAAUAACUCAAUGAAGGAACGCUUGGUUUCCUGGAUACAGGAAGGUUCAGCAAAGCCAGACGUGGUCAUCCUGGGAGCUGCUACCUGGUCCAUCAAGCUGCAUGGUGGCAGCAGUGAGACCUUGCAGCAGUAUAAAGUCAAUCUGACAGCCAUUGCUGUGCAUCUGGAGAGGCUGGCUGAGCAUGGCGAAGUCUACUGGAUUCUGCAAGAUCCAGUCAACGAGGAGGCGUUGAGUGAGAACAGGAAGAUGAUCACCAAUCAACAGCUGGAGCUUUACAAUGAUGUGGCAGUGAGCGUGCUCAAUGGCAGCAAACAUGAUGGUAGAUCUGGAGUCAAGCUGGUGGCAGCCUCCCGGCAGGCUGCGUUAGAAACCAUCACCCAAUCAGAGGAUGGCUUGCACUUGCCUGAAAGCACCAGGAAAGUGGGAGCCAUGCUGCUCAUGAACUCUGCGUGCAACAAGCUGCUGAGACCCAUUGACGGCUCCUGCUGCCAGACAUUACCGCCGCUGAAUCUCCUCCAAAAACUCACAGCCUGCUUCUUCCUGGGCUCAGCUGUGGUCUUUGCUGUCCUCCACGUCCUCGGCAACAACCGCCAUCGCCGGCCCGUUCCCACCGAUGUGGAGAGCCUGGAGGAGAAGAAGCCAGCAAGCGCCGCCGUCCCUCUGGGGCAGAAGGCGCCCUUUCAGGCCCUCUGCAGGAUGGGAAUCAUCAUGGGCUACUUUUACCUCUGUGACCGAGCAGAUGUGUUCAUGAAAGAACACAAGUUCUACACACAUUCAGCUUUCUUCAUUCCUCUCUUCUACAUCUUUGUGCUGGGAAUAUUCUACAGCGAGAACAGUAAGGAGACCAAACUGCUGAACAGAGAGCAGACGGAUGAGUGGAAGGGCUGGAUGCAGCUGGUCAUCCUCAUCUAUCACAUAUCUGGAGCCAGCGCUUUCAUUCCAGUGUACAUGCAUGUGCGGGUGCUGGUGGCAGCUUACCUGUUUCAGACAGGUUAUGGACAUUUUUCCUUCUUCUGGCUGAAAGGAGACUUUGGGCUCAACAGAGUGUGCCAAGUGUUGUUCCGUCUGAACUUCCUGGUGUUGGUGCUGUGUGUUGUGAUGGACAGGCCGUAUCAGUUCUAUUACUUUGUUCCCCUGGUGACCUUCUGGUUCGUCAUCAUCUACGGCACAAUGGCAGUGUGGCCUCAGAUCCUUCAAAAGAAAGCCAACAGUAACAGGAUGUGGCACCUCGCAGUUCUGGCCAAGCUGCUCGGUCUCCUGGUCUUUAUCUGUCUUUUUUCUUUCUCACAGGAAUUUUUUGAGAGCGUUUUCUCCGUGUGGCCGGUCUCCAAGCUCUUUGAGCUGGAUGGGAGUGUCCACGAGUGGUGGUUCCGAUGGAAACUGGACAGAUUUGCAGUGAUUCACGGCAUGCUGUUUGCCUUCAUCUACCUGCUGCUGCAGAAGUGUCAGGUUCUGUCAGAGAGCAAAGGAGAGCCGCUCCUCCCUCCCAAGAUCUCCAACCUGCUCCUCUCCCUCUCCAUUUUCUCCUUCGUUACCUACUCAAUAUGGGCGAGCAACUGCAAGACCAAAACUGAGUGCAAUGAGAUGCAUCCUUACAUUUCUGUAGUCCAGAUAUUGGCCUUCAUUCUCAUCAGGAACAUUCCCGGCUACGCCCGCUCUGUGUACAGCUCCUUCUUUGCUUGGUUUGGAAAGAUCUCCUUAGAGCUUUUUAUCUGCCAAUAUCACAUCUGGCUGGCAGCUGACACUAAGGGGGUUUUGGUUCUCAUCCCAGGAAACCCUUCACUCAACAUCAUAGUCAGCACCUUCAUCUUUGUCUGUGUAGCUCAUGAGGUGUCCCUCAUCACCAACGACCUGGCCCAGGUGGUCAUCCCUAAAGACGGCAUGGCCCUGCUUAGGAGGCUGGGGUUCCUAGGUCUCCUCAGUCUGACUGCAUUGCUGCUGACCAGAGGGAACCAGCUCACACCUGGAGCCUGAUCAACACCUCGCCAUCAUCCCGCCCGGACUGAACGUGAGGUACAGAUGCAGGCCGGACUCUGCUCUGAGGUUUAGGGGAUUGAUAUUCUCUCAUAAGUUCUCUGAUUCUGUUUGAAGAUUUUUUUGGGGACUUUGGUGAUACAAAAACACUGAAAUUGAAAAAGAAUUUAGGAAAAGCCUUAAAAAAAAGGAGGGAAAUCUACAAGAGACGAUGAAAGGAAAACAAAAAUACUCUGAACUGUUUACAUGACUACUUCUGGAGGAAGAGGCCGUCUUGUUUCAAGACAUUUCUGUCAGCCCGGACCAAGGCUUUUUUGUUGUUGUUGUUGUUUUUUUCUGACUUCAGUCACGUGGCAUUCCUGUUGACUCCUGUCUGGCGAGGAUUUCUCUCCGUCCACUUCGCAGCAGCUAAACGCCAUAACCAGCAUAUUCAGACAUCUGUUCUUUUUCAGCAGCUGCCUGAAUCUGCUGUCUUCUCAUCAGUACUAUUGUGUGAAAUACGAACCAAUGACUUCAAAACAAAUAGCAAAGUGCAAUGGCUGCAAGUGGUGCGUCCUUUUUAAAAAGGUAAGCCUCACAGAAAGAAUGUGGUCAUCUGCUGUAGCUUGUGUGGCAUGUACAGUAUUUAAUGAUUUAAAUUAAACAUAUAUUUUAUAGGGGAGGGGGUUUUUUGUACUUUGCGCCUACGACUGCUGUUUGUGAAAAAAGUACCGCAAAAAGGUAAUUUUGUACCCAUCCUUGCCACAGACAUGGUUGAGCGUUUUAGCCGACUGUCGCCAUAGUGGCUGAGUUUCCUCGAUGUAUGCUUAUUGGUACGAUUUAGUUACAGGUUUGUGUUGUACAGUAUUUUUAUUUUUUUAAGUUUAAAUGAAAACCCCGCCUCAGCACUGGCUCCAAAAACACCACUAUAGAAGCAGCGGUUUCGCCUUCCAACAAUCAUAACUUGAGACUGAGCGGUUGAUCCAGGAGGAAUUUUUCUAAACAUACGUGACGCCCCUUUCAUGUAGAAGAAGCGUCUUGAGUUUCCACUCAUCCACGUUUGGACACAUCAGGGCCACAGUGACAUUAAAUAAAAAAACCUGCUAAUGCACUGACUGAGCUAGGAAGACACAUUACUGUUGGUUUGAUCUAUAAAACAUUAUUUUGUUGCCUGCGUUUCUUCACCUGUGUAUGUUUAAACAAAGAGCACUUUUAUUAUUUUCUCCCUCCACUUUGAUUCUAAAGUUGUAAAUACUUAAAGCACUUUGACACAUUUUUUAUUGGAGAUUUGGUUCAUUUGUGCAGAAAAAAGAAAAGAAAAGUGGUGAUAAAUCAGAGCUGUGUGUUAUUUUUGUCCCUGGGUUGUAAAGAAAAAACAAAUAGAGGUACCAAAUGAUUUUGAUGUGACUUUGUUUUUAUAAAAGCAAAAAAAAAAAAGGUUUUGUUACUGGAUCCGCAGGUAUUUUUUAUUUUUUUUUUUUGAGUUACAGACUGAAACAUUAAAACCUGCGAGUUGUGAAUCCCAUCCUGUCGGUACAAACAAGGACUUCUUUCUGGUUCCUGGCCUGCUUUUUGGUGAACAUCUUACAGGCCGUUGUCUCGGGUCUUAAAUGAUCUAAUCAUCUAAAAGUGACGGGUAUUUAUAAGUGUUGGAAAAACUAAACUUGUAAAAUAAUUUUUUGGUGAUGUCUUACAGUGUGAAAUGUACCCAUAUUUAUAAAUGCCUUUAUUCUAUUGUACCUCAAGUAAAACAGAAUCUGAAAAUG